GCUCAAAGUGGACUACUACGUCAACCCCACAGACAUCACAGACUACUCGCCCCGGGACUGGAAAAAAAUGGACUCCCACGUGGAAGAACGGUAUAAAGAAAAGCUGGUGGCCCAAUGCAAUUACGAGAUUGAUUCGCGGCGACGGGCGUUCCAGGACGCGCAGGGCUUCUGGAGUAGGGACGAGGUCAAGUGGGCACACGCGACGCAAAUGGCGACGCCCGCUUGCAAGAAGCUGGAGAGCUGGGGUUACAGGAUUCAGUAUUGAUUGA